GAGAAAGCGAAGCAGGAAGUGGAGCUACCUGCUGUUGUAAGUUGGGGAUCAGGCAAAGUACCUAUGAGACCAGUGGUUAUACGACUAGUGAAGAAAACUGUGCCGCCUAUGAUAGAACGUUUUUAGAUUCCUCUUCUCUUUCGUUUCUUUUUGAAAGAUUAAGUGAAUCUCCUGAAGAUGCAUCGGUUCGACACUUCCGCAUUGAACGUGAUGUGACCUUACUCUUGGAUCAAUUUUGCAGUUUACCUGGAUCCACUCACUACUAUUUGAACACUCUUUUCAUCACGAAAACGCUGUGUGGUGAACAGUAGUGGAGUUGUUUGAAAUGUUUGGGGAAUUCUGCUCUCAGUUUUUGUACUCUGAUAGUUGACGAUGAACAUUGAUGGAGACAGCAAUCAGCUCCCGACUUGGCGCCUGUGGGGGGAAGAGAAAACAGACGGAGCCGUAUACGCUGUCUACUUGAAGAAAGUGCGCUACCACGUACCCAGUAAAGCAAUUAGCGACUCGGAUGAUGAUAUAUCUCAUUUAGAAUGGGAGACGGUCAGAGUCCGGCUUAUCAAGGCCGGAACCUUGGAAAAGCUGGUGGAAAGUCUGGCCUCCGACACAGGAGAGUUGGAGUCGACAUACGUUAAUGUAUUUCUAGCUACUUACCGUACCUUUAGCACGGCCAGCCAAAUACUGGCACUCAUCGCCAAAAGAUAUGCAGAUCUUAAUCAACCAACCGUCAUGGAAGCCGUACGAUUACAACACAAAAAGACCCUGCGGAGCACGUUGCAUGUUUGGUUGGAUGCCUUUCCGGACGAUUUCCGCGACCCACCGGAUUAUCCAUUGCUCAACCAAUUUCUGGUGUUUUGCGAGCAACAUGCCAAGGACAGCGAGUUGCAUUUCAAAGUGAAACACCGGAUGGAACGCUUGAUCAAAAACCCCGAACCAAUCGAUCAAUCUCCAAGCAUCCAGCGUAUUUUGGCUACCAACCCCGAUCUAACUUACAGCGGUAACGACACGAACGGCGGUAGUUCGGUCAACGGCAUCUGCAACAGCGGUGAUCAUACGGCCGAUGCCAGCCUACACGCCAUCUUUCUGGAACUGCCUGAAAAACACAUGGCCGAACAACUGACCAGACUCGAUACGGAAUUAUUUAAACGUGUUAUACCGCACCAAUGCCUGGGAGCCGUUUGGUCUCGUCGAGAUCGUGACAAGGGUAAAAUUGGUAAAGGCACCCGCUCAUCCGAAGCUUCCUCAGUCGCCGCCACUGUCGAGCAGUUCAAUGCCGUCUCAUACCGUGUUAUCAGCACAAUCCUCGUCGGGUCAACAGAGCCGAGAUCGCAGCAAAGGGCUCGAGUUAUAGCCAAAUGGAUUGACGUUGCACAGGAAUUACGAGUUUUGAAGAAUUUCUCAUCGCUGAAGGCCAUCAUUUCAGCGUUACAAUCGAACCCAAUCUACCGACUGAAGCACGUUUGGGCAAACGUGCCAAGAGAUAAAGUAGAAGUGUACGAGGAGCUGGCCAGAAUAUUCAGCGAGGAAAACAAUCAAUCGGCUCAACGAGAAUUGCUGAUGAAAGAAGGGACGGCCAAAUUCGCCGAAACUGCUGGCGAGAAUGACCGACAAAUGCUAAAGGUCAUUCAGAAGCAGGCUGUCCACUCCAAUCUUAUAAGCCAUGGGACCAUCCCGUAUUUGGGAACAUUCUUGACGGAUUUAACUAUGGUGGACACGGCCAUUCCUGAUACAACGGCCGAUGGUUUAAUCAAUUUCGACAAACGAAGAAAGGAAUUUGAAGUGCUGGCUCAAAUCAAAUUACUGCAAGGCGCUGCUAAUUCAUAUCAAAUAGCCACCGACCACCGUUUUGAGCGCUGGUUUGAAUCUCUAAUGGUGCUGGAUGAUCGUGAAGCUUACGAAUUAUCGUGCAAUCUGGAACCGUGCAAUUCUGGCCACAGUUCUGCCCGCAACAGCGAAAAAUUUCCCCGACGUAAGCCCAAUGGUUACGGCCACCGCAAAAAUGACUCAAUCGCAAGUACGUCGAGCAGCUCUAGCAGUCAGUUCCUUUCGGAACUUGAUGGUGCCAAUAGCGCCAAUCUUUCGCUCGGUGAAAGCUCUGCAUCUCUUGAACAGAAAAUGUUCCACACGCAUUUAUCGUCUUCAUCGAGCAGCUCUUCGCUCCCGUCGUUGGACGUGUCAGUGAGUAGUAGUGGAGGUGGCACGACUGGUCUCAGUGUUGGGACUCAUUCUUCGUCGCAAAACGCGACACCGAGUAAAGCUGGAAGCUUACCUCGCGGAGUGACGCCCCCUUACAGCGUCAGUCCAAUGAGGACGCCGGAUUUUUACGUGAUUCGCGUCUCAAUCGCUUCGCCGUCCAAGGAGACAGAGGGCAUCAACCUUUACAAGAGCAUCAUGGUCAGCAAUCACGAACGAAGUCCUCAGGUUAUCCGCAAUGCGAUGGUCAAACACGGUCUCGAAGGUAAUCCCGAGGAUUACACUUUGGCUCAACUUUUACCCAAAGGAGAAAUGGUACUUCCUUCCAAUGCGAAUGUGUACUACGCCAUUAAUACCAGUUGCGAUUUGAACUUCAUCCUACGUCCCAGAGGCGAAUCGAUGGGUCAUAAUCACCACAGCACUCCGCCUGGAUCGGGUUCCGCCUCCGGUCGCUCCACUCCCACUCGACUUCGCAUGCGGGAAUGCCACAAAGACUCGUCCACUAAGGACACAUUAAAAGCACGAAAAAAGAUUCUCUCCCUCGGUUUGUAGAAUGAAUCCAUUCUCCACUUGUAUAUUAAUAUUAUUAUUAUUUUCCGAUCUGAUCUGAUAAGAUAACGAUAGCAGAAGCAGUGAUUUCUCUUUUAUUUUUUUCUAUUCGUCUUCCCUCGUCUGCCCCCCUCUUUUUUUUUAUAUACAUGGUAUACAUCAUUCUAUUUUCAUAAUGUGAUAACGAUGAAUCUUUCAAAAAAUUGUGCGUACUUUAUUGCAAUCAAAAUGUGUUAAUGAUUUAUGCAAUGAUGAUUGUGUCUGUUUGCGUACCUUGUUUGAUAUAUCUAUGACUUUAAAAUGUGUGAAGCAACAGCUACGAAAACUACCGCAGUAUCUUCCAUCUGCGUGAUCUGGACCAAGAAAAUACCGGGCUCAUUUUGUUCUUUUUCUUCCAAAUAUUUGCAUCAUCAACGAAUUCUAAAGCAGCUUUUUACAUGUUACUCGACAAAUUUUGAUUUAUCUUUCUUUAAAUCAGCCCCGUGUUCGAUUUCAAGUGUCCUGUGAGAUUUUGUUAUUUUUUUCCCCGCGCAUCUGCAACGAUGUCAAUAAAUCAUUUACUAUCUA